AUGAGCUACGCACUCUACGACUCGGCCAUCCUCCUGGCCAAGGACGCCCUCAACUCCCUCUCUGCCAUCCUCAAGAAGGCCGAAGCCCACCCCAACGCCGCCAGCUUCCCCCAGGCCAAGCUCGCCGAGGACAUGCUCCCCCUGAGCUUCCAAGUCCACUGCGUCUCCGACGUUGCCCAAAAGAUUGUCGCCCGCACAACAGGCGUCGAGCCCUUGUCUCUCAACCGGGAGAAUUUCGACACAUUCGAGGCUUUCCACGCCCGCAUCGCCCAGGUGCUCGAGAUUGUGGAGAAGGCUGAUAGAGAGGCUGUUAACAAGCGGGAGGGAGAGAUUGUCACGCUUGGUCUUGGACCUGGAAAGUCGGCGCAGCUGGCUAGCAGGGAUUAUGUCAACGGAUACGGACUGCCCAACUUGUUUUUCCACUUGACUACUGCGUAUGCUAUUCUGCGCAAGGAGGGUGUUCCCCUGGGAAAGCAGGACUACCAGACUGCUUUCCUGGGCAAGUAUAUUCAGGCUUAA